AAUAGACUUAUCUUUUGGGUAUGAGUUAUAACGCUAUGUGGUAGAGCUGCUUCAAUAAAAGUAGAGCCCUGUCUUCAUUAGACCAAUAAACAAACACUGUGGGAAAGGGACUUGGCUCAACCUCAAGAAGAAGCCAACACUCUCACCAUACCCUUGUUAUAAAUCCCCACUCAUCAGUAACUUACAGUGGAAGGUGUGAAAAGCUUUUCAAAAAAUGGGGGCUAAGAAGCCUAGAGUUGUGAUAAUUGGGGCAGGAAUGGCUGGCCUGACAGCUGCUCACAGGCUCCACACUCGCGCAGGCUCGAGGGGCUUGUUUGAGCUGUAUGUGGUUGAAGGGGGGACAAGGAUUGGUGGGAGGAUCAACACUUCUGAGUUCGGUGGAGACCGGAUUGAGAUGGGUGCUACUUGGAUUCAUGGUAUUGGAGGCAGCCCGGUUCACCAGAUUGCCCAGCAAAUCCAUGCCCUGGACUCUGACCAGCCGUGGGAGUGCAUGGAUGGGUUCUUGGAUGUGUCCAAGACUGUGGCUGAGGGUGGGGUUGAGGCUAGUCCUUGUGUUGUUGAGCCAGUCUCGACCCUCUUUAAGUUGCUCAUGGAUUUUGCACAAGGGAAGCUUCUUGAGGAUGGAGCAAGCGGCGAGGAGAGAGAGCUCCGCAGACUUGCAGCCGAGGCUUUCAAGGUCUGCAAGAGCAACAAUGGUGAGAAGGCCCUCAGUAUCGGGUCGUUCCUGAGGCAAGGGCUUGAGACUUACAGGGAUGUGGUCAAGGACCAAGACGAGGAGGUCCACGGGGGCCAUGGGAGUUGGAAGAGGAGCUCACUCGAGGAGGCCAUUUUCGCAAUGCAUGAGAACACCCAGAGGACGUACACAUCGGCCGGCGACCUCUCGACCCUGGACUUUGGUGCAGAGAGAGAGUACAGGAUGUUUCCUGGUGAAGAAAUCACCAUAGCCAGAGGGUAUUCCAGCAUCAUCAAGUCGCUGGCCUCGGUGCUACCGGAUGGCCUAAUCCAAGUGGGCAGGAAGGUUAGGAGGGUUGAGUGGCAUCCUGAGUUUCAUCCGGGCAUGAUCUUGGGAAAUGGCCAUUCAAAUGACAGGCCAGUGAAGGUGCAUUUUUGUGAUGGUUCUGUUAUGUUGGCCGAUCAUGUGAUCGUCACGGUCUCGCUAGGGGUUCUCAAAGCCGGAAUUAGGGAGGAUUCGGGUCUGUUCAGCCCUCCCUUGCCCACUUUCAAGACUGAGGCCAUAUCAAGACUUGGUUUUGGUGUGGUAAACAAGCUGUUUCUGCAGCUUGACCCGGCCCAAGACCGCAAAGGUAAUAGUUUCGACACUUUCCCGGUGUUGCAAAUGGCUUUUCAUCGUUCGGACUCGGAGUUGAGGCACGAGGAGAUACCGUGGUGGAUGAGGAGGACGGCAUCUUUAUGCCCCAUUUAUCACAAUUCAAAUGUCCUAUUAUCUUGGUUUGCAGGGGAAGAAGCUCUUCAGCUUGAGAAACUUAGUGAUCAAGAAAUCAUCGAGGGCGUUUCCAGUACACUUAAUUGCUUGUUAUCACAACCUGAAGAACCACCGCUGAAGUCUAGCACACCAGAAUUGCGUAAUGGCGACGUAAAAUCUGUGCAAAGAUCUGUCGGAAGUGGUGUGAAGUUUGAGAAAUUGUUGAAGAGCAGAUGGGGCACCGAUCCCCUGUUCUUGGGGUCGUAUAGCUUCGUAGCUGUCGGUUCGAGCGGCGACGAUUUGGACUCGAUGGCCGAGCCAUUGCCAUGGGAAAGUCGCAAAACCGGCACUUCUCCGGAACUGCAAAUUCUCUUUGCAGGAGAGGCAACGCAUAGAACACACUAUUCUACCACUCACGGUGCCUAUUUUAGUGGAAUUAGAGAAGCCGAUAGGCUGCUUCAACAUUAUGACUGUGUUUGAAUAUUAUAUCAAGUAGAGGCAAUCCUACUCUUUGAUUUAUUUUGUUCUUUUGUUUUUUUUUUACCUCUUUCAAAUUUGCUUAUUGUUCUGAUAUCUUUCUUGAUCUUCAUAUUGGAACACCUGUCUCUCUCUCCUUUGAUAAAAGUAGGCAAAAAUUGAGAGGAGUGGGAGGAAA